CUUUGAUCUGCGAAGUGAACAUCAACGACCGACCAACCAACCAACCAACCGAUCACCUCAAUUGCGAAUCUCUGCUCUGUACCAAUCUCGCAGACUCUCUACGUCUAGACUCGUGAUACUGGACCAGCUUCAUCAAGCUUGAGAUAUGCAAUUGUGCUGACUGCGUUCUGCCUUGAGAAGGCGUCGCGUAACCACAUCUAGAAUCGCCUGCAGAGCCAUCCAGUCAUAAGAAAGAUAUUCCCACGAUGGCAUCAAAACGAAAGGCGGCGGCCAUGGCUCCUGCGCCAGAAGAACCCGUGGAUCCAGCUGAUGAAUUGAUGUUUCUAUGUCUAGGUGGAGGUAAUGAGGUCGGCAGAUCGUGUCACAUUAUCCAGUACAAAGGCAAGACAGUCAUGGUAAUUCCCUCUAGUAUGCCAUGCUCCCGAGAAUUUAUUGCUAACAAUCCUUAGCUUGAUGCUGGUAUGCAUGCAGGAUACGAAGGUCUAGCUGCCCUCCCCUUCUAUGACGAUUUCGACCUGAGUACGGUGGAUGUGCUAUUAAUCAGCCAGUAAGCGACUCUCCUUUGUACUUGAUCCGAUGGGCAGGGACGGACUUGAUAUUUCUGCGAUCAGCAUGGGCGUGUCAUCUCACGUUGGGCACAUUUUCUUUUUAUGUUAUUCAACGAAUCUUCAUGUAUACGAGAAAACAAUACAAAUCAUUUUUCUGGAACGAACGAAUCCAUGUCUCGAUUCUGUGAAGAUGUCCUGCGUUUGAGUAUACAGUAUUGUACAUAACUCGCCCCUGCUUUCUUUUGUCGUGUUGGAAUCCCAAGUGCGUAGAAGUAGAUCAAAAACUGGAUGCUGACAUUCCUCAAGUUUUCACGUCGACCAUGCAGCCUCUCUGCCAUACGUUUUGGGAAAGACGAACUUCAAGGGCCGUGUUUUCAUGACCCAUCCUACAAAAGCUAUCUAUAAAUGGCUUGUUUCCGAUAGUAUCAGAGUUUCCGGGGCCAAUUCAACCUCACAACCUCUCUUUACUGAGCAAGACCAUUUGACGACUUUUCCUAUGAUCGAAGCCAUUGAUUAUCAUACCACGCACACGAUAUCCUCGAUCCGAAUAACUCCUUACCCGGCUGGUCACGUUCUCGGUGCUGCUAUGUUUCUUAUUGAGAUCGCUGGUCUGAAAAUAUUCUUUACCGGAGAUUAUUCAAGAGAGCACGAUCGACAUCUGGUCUCUGCUGAAGUUCCAAAAGGUGUGAAAAUCGACGUGUUAAUUACGGAAUCAACAUAUGGAAUUGCCUCGCAUAUUCCCCGACUGGAGAGAGAACAAGCGCUUAUGAAAUCAAUCACCACUACUCUCAAUCGAGGUGGAAGAGUUCUGAUGCCUGUUUUUGCACUUGGUCGAGCACAAGAGCUUCUACUGAUUUUGGACGAAUAUUGGGGUCGGCAUGCAGAGUACCAAAAGGUACCCAUCUACUAUGCUAGUAACCUGGCUCGAAAAUGUAUGCUUGUUUAUCAAACAUAUGUCGGAGCUAUGAACGAUAAUAUCAAACGCCUUUUCCGAGAAAGAAUGGCAGAAGCAGAGGCGUCAGCUGAUACGGCGGGAAAAGGAGGCCCUUGGGAUUUUAAAUACAUCCGAUCGCUCAAGAGUUUGGAUCGAUUUGACGAUGUUGGAAGCUGUGUCAUGCUUGCUAGUCCUGGUAUGUUGCAGAAUGGAGUAAGCAGAGAAUUGCUCGAACGCUGGGCUCCGAGUGAUAAGAAUGCUGUUAUCAUUACUGGUUACAGUGUUGAAGGCACGAUGGCAAAGCAGAUUAUGCAAGAGCCUGAUCAGAUUCAAGCCAUCAUGUCUCGUAAUACAGGUGGUGCACGAAGAGGACCUGGUGCGGGUGAUGGCGAGAAAGUGAUGAUACCUAGGCGAUGCACGAUUCAAGAAUACUCUUUCGCGGCCCAUGUUGACGGGACCGAAAACCGAGAGUUCAUCGAAGAAGUUGCUGCGCCUGUAGUCGUAAGUAAAUCAUCCUGUGACACUCAUCAAUAGGCUAACAAUACCUAGAUCCUCGUACAUGGCGAGCAACAUAACAUGAUGCGUUUGAAAUCCAAACUCCUCUCGCUCAAUGCCGACAAAACAAACAAGGUCAAAGUCUACAGCCCUCGAAACUGCGAAGAACUCAGAAUUCCAUUCAAAGCAGACAAAAUUGCCAAGGUUGUGGGAAAACUUGCUUCUAUUCCACCACCUACGCUGGAUGAAAGUCAGUCUCAACUCAUCACUGGCGUUUUGGUCCAAAACGAUUUCAAGAUGUCUUUGAUGGUGCCGGAGGAUCUUCGAGAAUAUGCUGGUUUGACUACUACCACGAUUACUUGCAAGCAAAGAAUGAAUCUUAGCGCCGCUGGUAUCGAGUUAAUCAAAUGGGCUUUGGAAGGUACAUUUGGAAGUAUCUCCGAGAUUUCUUCCGAAAAAUCGAAGAACGGUACGAAUGGUGAUUCACACAUGAACGGAUCCUCUGGAGAGGCAGAUGAGGAAAUCUCUCGAGAUACUACGGCUUAUUUGGUCAUGGACUGUAUUACCGUUCGCCAUAGCAACAAUGGAGAAGUGGAAUUGGAAUGGGAGGGCAACAUGUUGAACGACGGGAUUGCAGAUGCAAUCAUGGCUGUUCUCUUUUCUGUGGAGAGUAGUCCUGCAGCAGUUAGACGUGAGUUUCCCGAAUACCUUUACCCUUUUACCUUUCUGAAAACGAACUAACACAUCACAGGAUCCUCCCACAAACACUCCCACUCACACUCCCAUUCUCCGGUCCUCCCCUCCCGCAAUCCCCACGCAAACUUGUCGCCAACCGAACGUCUCGAGCGUCUCUUCAUGUUUCUCGAAGCUCAAUUCGGCGCAGAAAACAUCAAUCCUAUCCCAACACCAAAAUCCAUCUCUACACCAUUACCCUCACUUACCGACUCCUCGUCCUCCUCCUCUUCCGAUGAAAAUGAGACCUCCACAAGAGAGAAACAGGAGAAGUGGGAGAUUGAGCGUCUGCAUAAACUCGGUAUUCCUGUUCCCGGUGUAGAGAUCAAAGUUGAUAAGAUGGUUGCCAAGGUCUGGUUGGAGGACUUGGAGGUCGAGUGUUCGAAUCGGGUAUUUGGGGAUCGGGUGAGAGCAGUUGUGGAGAGGGGAGUUGAGGUUACGGCUCCGCUUUGGGGGUGAGGUUCUUUUGGUAUGGGGGAGCCAUGUUCUUGAUGGUGGUGGUUAGUGGCAAUUCUGAGGAUAUACCUGGGGA